AUGGCGAACAAACUUCACAGAGGUGAAUUAUUUUUAACGUCCCUUGAAUUAGAUGCCUUCCAGAGGGACCUCGAAAACAGUUAUAAGGAGCUGUUCCAAUCGCAUUUGUCUGUACCAUGGCGCUUAAUGCCAAUAGAUCAACCGGCGAGGUCGCUAGGUUCACCUUCCGUGGCCCUGGCGACUGCCUUGAGUCAGUUGGAUGUCACGGCUGUCGACCCAAACAUGAUUACUUCUCAAAACGUAUACACAAGAUCCUCGGACCACGUCACAUGGGUGGAUUCUCCUUCAGUGACAGAGAGUUUACAUUCUACCGAUGAAAAGGCGGUCAAGAGUAGCCUUAAUGACAAGGCAAAUUCGCACAUGCAUGACAAAGUUGUUGAUGUUGAAUCGCAAGAAUCUCAUAUAGAAAAAGUAGAAUACGAUCAAUCAUCAAGCAUAUAUCAAAAGUUGCAUCCUCCAGAAGAAAAACUCUCCGGCCUACCUCAAUGGGUGCAACUCCUCCAUAGGAUUGUUUCAGAGAUUUGUUAUACAACCAAUAUACACAUAUUUGUUCCACCCUCUCAAAACGGAGAGGCAGAAUCUGAACAGCAAAACUUUGCUAUUGAAACUGUAUUGGACAAGUUGAUAAACAACGAAUACCAGUCCACAAGCGAAGUUUUGAAUGAGCUCUACAUGGUGUUUGUCUGCGCCUUUAGGAGCUUUUCCCCUGGUACAUACCAGUGGAUGAGCGCCCUGGACCUCUCCUCUAGACUAAACGAUCUGAGAAUUGCAAACGACCUCAAAGACUCUGAAGUGUCUUACAAAUCAUAUACCGCAACCACAAUGGACACCAUCAAAAAACACAAUGGGCUGAGCAUGGACGACUUUGAAAGGGAACUGGCAAUCAUCAACAACACACAACAAGACCCAGUUCCUAACAAAGACACGAGCAUAACAGAAGAUGAAAAGAGCGAGUUCUAUGAUAGCGUAAACACGCUAGAUCUAGAGUAUCAUCUGGAGCUUUUUACCGUAUUUGAACACAGUGCAAUAUGGAAGAUUAUUGGAAAUGGCGAAAUUGAGCUAGACGAAAAUAACACAGAUCCCAAAAUAUUUAGGGCCAUGAUAAAAUGGGCCAAGGAUAAAAGAGAAUCUAUAGCAACUGCAUAA